AAAAAUAAUAUAAUUUGAGAAAAUUGCAGAAAUAGUGCCAGAUAGAAAAAUAUAAUUUUUCUCAUUGUUAUCGCUUCAAAAGGUUCCCCAAACUCUGCAACAAAUUCAUAAAGUAAUAGUUUUCAAUUAUUAACAGUUAUCUUACUUACGUUAUCAUACAUAAAGCUGCAAAUUCCUAUCAACGUAAAGAAUAUAAUAUAAUGUUCUCAACACUAGAAACUCAGCCAGAUAUUUAUGCUUAUCCACAACCAAAAUUUGCAAGACCUACUAUCAUCGGCUACAUAGCCUUAGAAAAUCUUAAAUUUGCUAGAGAAGUAGAAAACAAAAAAGUAUGCUAUAAUUUAAAUUUGCAUAUUGACAAAGCUAAAUGUAAAGAACAAGCAAUAGAUGUUAAAUUAACUGAAUUAUUAAAGUUCUUAUUACAUAAUGAAAAACAUCUUACAAUCCGUCCAGAAAGCAAAUUGGAAUCAGCAAAAUUUAUUUGCUAUAGGGGUCUUUUAACUUGUGUAGCUUGCACUCCUUAUGAAAAACAGGAACCUUGGAAGAUUGUUGCAAUUUUAUUCAAAGGCCACAUUUACUUGUGUGCCAGAAAAACUGAAGAGAAAUUAAGACAAAUACAAAAUAUGACUGAGAGAGACAGAAGGUGUACGUCAUGGGGAUAUAAAUUUGAACAAUUUGUAUUAUCAGAUGACCCUUUAACAGAUCCUAAUCCUGACCGACCUGUUGAUGAAGAGGAAGAGUUCUCUUUGGUCUUUAACACAACUAUAAAGCGACACGAAAUUCUUUACGGAGCAGAAAUGGAUGGUGUGAGAUGUGACAAAGGAUCAGUUGAAAGUCCUCCGGAGAGCAAUGACCGUGAAGAAGUAAUUAAGUACUUACAGUCCAAGGAAUUUAUUGAACUUAAAACUAACAGGCAUAUCACAAAUGGCAGACAAGACAAAUAUUUCAGAUUCUUCAAGACGAAAAAAUGGUGGUGUCAAUCAUUUUUCGUAGGAAUAGAUAAUAUUUUAUGCGGAUUUCGUAAUGAUGAUGGGAUUGUUGAAGAACUCAAAGUGUACAGUUUAUCAGAAAUUAAGCACAUGUCCAGAAGAUUUUGGGAUCCAAAUGUGUGCUUAAACUUUUUGGAAAAUUUUCUCACCUACGUGAAAAGAUGCUUGUCCAAAGAAAUAAGAAGAAAGCAUGGGGACAAAGCUCUUCUGGACAUAAGAAAAUUGCCUCUUUUGGGUUUGAUGUUUGAAUGUUCUCCCGGCUGUCAAGUUCGAGUGGCGGAGUACUGUCACGACGAUGACCCAAUACUCAUGGACUGGUUCGUUAAUAGCUUCGGACGAGCCAAUGAAGUUGAAUAGUUGGUAGUACCGGAUUCAGCACAUGGUUGGACCAUGAAGAUGUUCAAAUUGAAAAAAUUCAGAUCAAAAGUUAUUACUUACAGAUCUUGCAAUCUAGCGUUCUUAGUUGUAUGAGUUACCAUAUCUAUACACGCGUACAUGACUCGCUCGCUACUGACUGCU